AUGCAUGGUCUAGGCCAAUUUGUGCUUUUCAACGUUUUGGUGUGUCUUGGACAAACUGUCCAUGGAAGUGACAUCAUACAUGGAGAAAAAGCCCCAAACAACUCGAUGUUGUACAUGGUCUCAGUGCAAAACUUUUGGCGUCAUGUGUGUGGAGGAUUUCUGGUCAGCGAGGACUAUGUAGUCACAGCUGCACAUUGUACUGAAGGAAAACCUGAUCGUGUUCUUCUGGGAUCCCAAAAUCUACGGACUGAGAACAUGACAAUGAAAAUUGAAAGCAAGUGCACAUUCCCAAAUUAUACAUCUGUUGAACAUGGUGAUGACCUCAUGCUCCUUAAAUUGUCUGGGAAAGCUCCCCUUGGCAAUGGACUGAAAACAAUUCCACUUGCAUCACCUGAAACAAAGCUGAGAGAAAAUCAGAUCUGCUCUGUGGCUGGAUGGGGUGGAACUGGGAAAGACCGUUUUGUUAACGAUCUGAGAGUGGUGAAUGUGUCAAUCAUAAAUCCUGAACUCUGUCAGAAGAAGUGGGAGAUUAAGGUACCUCCCAAUGUGAUCUGUGCUGGUGGAUAUCCUAUGAACAAAGGAUUUUGUCAAGGAGAUUCCGGUGGUCCUCUGGUAUGCGACGGGAUAGCUGUUGGUGUUGUGUCAUUCAACAGAAUGAUAAACAAUAACUCCAUAUGCAAUUACCCAGAUGUACCCAACAUCUACACAGACGUCUCCAAAUAUGUUCCAUGGAUCAACAACAUUCUGAAAGCUAAGAAAGUAGAGUGCAAACGUGUUACAUAA